UUUAAAAACAUGUCACUUGUCUCCGCAGCCCCAUCCUUGGCACGGCAUCGGCCUCACACACGUGAGGUCAACGCUAAAGCAUCACUGCAAAACAGGGGCUUGGUCCAACCCUGGGGAAGAUUAGGCCUGCAGGGUUGGGCCAGUUAGGAGCAGGGAUAAAUUAGGGGAUUUUGGUGUAGCCUUUGCUCUUUCCUCCCCUCCCUGGAGGGCUGCGCAGCUGCCUGUCCCGCUCGCCUCAGCCCAGGCGAGGACCAGCCUCCCGGAGCUGCCGGAUAAAGCGGGCCGGCAGCGAUGCAGCCCCCGGGGUGCCUGCGGAGCUUGACGGUGGAGCUGGAGGACAGGCAAGCGCGGGGCGCCUACGGCAGCGGGGAGCUGCUGCACGGCCGGGUGCAGCUGGAGCUACGCGGCGCGCUGCGGCUGCAGGCGCUGGAGGUGUCCGCUCACGGACGCGCCGUCGCGCACUGGCUGGAGAGCCGCAGCGUGGGACUCAACACCGUCUACCGCGACUACACAGCCUACCAGACCUUCCUGUGCCGCCGCUACCAGCUCAUCCCCGACAAUGGUGAGGUCACCGUCCUGCAGGCAGGAAGGCACGAGUUCCCCUUCACCUUCCAGCUCCCCGAGACUCUGGCUACCUCCUUCGAGGGAAAGCAUGGCAGUGUGCGCUACUGGGUGAAAGCCAAACUGCACAGACCCUGGUCCACAGUGAAGAAAGUGAAGAAGGAAUUCACGGUGAUUGAACCCAUCGACAUCAACACGCCCGCGCUGCUGGCUCCCCAGGCAGGUGCUAAGGAGAAACUUGCUCGUGCCUGGUACUGCAAUCGUGGCCAGGUUUCUGUGACUGCCAAGAUUGACCGAAAAGGCUACACACCAGGUGAGGUCAUCCCUAUCUUCGCUGAGAUCGACAACUGCACAACCCGAGCGGUGGUGCCCAAGGCGGCCAUCAUCCAGACUCAGACCUUCAUCGCUCGGGGCACCAAGAAGCAGAAGAAGUCGGUGGUGACCAGCAUCGUCGGUGACUCCAUUGCAGCGGGGAAGCGGGAAGUGUGGCACGGGCGGGCGCUGAAGAUCCCACCGGUGGGUCCGUCCAUCCUCCAGUGCCGCAUCAUCCAGGUGGAAUACUCCCUGAAGGUUUGCGUGGAUAUUCCUGGGACGUCCAAGCUGCUCCUUGAACUGCCACUUGUCAUCGGAACCAUCCCACUGCAUCCGUUCGGGAGCCGCACAUCCAGCGUCAGCAGCCAGUACAGCGUCAACCUGGACUGGCUGAGCACCAUCCCGGAGCAGCCGGAGGCUCCUCCUGAAUACUCAGCGGUCGUGUCGAGCCCGGAGGCCGAGCAGAGCCUGGCUCCGCCGUGCCGCAGCGAACUUGGUGGCAUCCUGGAAGGUCCCUUCUUCGCCUACAUCCAGGAGUUUCGCUUCCGACCACCUCCGCUGUAUUCGGAGGUUGAUCCAAACCCCCCAUCAGACACCAUCCGUCCGCGCUGCAUGACCUGUUGAGAGAAGCGCAUCGGAUGAGGUUGACAGCGUGGCGAUCCCUUGGGAUGAAAGCUUGAACCCUCACAGCACUUUGGUCUGGAAAUGGAGACGCGGCGGCCGUGAGACCAGAGCUCCUGCACCGCUGAGGCCCCGGCUCUGCUCACUGCCCUCAACUGCUCUUGUCGUGACUGUCCUACGGACCGACACCAAGCGCGGUGUCGUGGACUCGUGCGUGGUAGGAGAACACGUGAGACCCUGCGGUGUGGAGCAGCUCCGUGUGUUGUUGGGCAGGACGUGGAGGGUUAAUAACUGCCCCAGGAUUUGGGGGUUCAAAAAGGGGGGAUACUUGCUCUCCCCUUGCCUGCGGUGGCCUUGCUUUGACAACUCUUGUCGUGGAAAAUAGGAGCGUGGAGGUAUUUCUCAGGAUUACUAGAGAAUAUUCUAAUGUUGCUCGAGUUGGACUCCUGUGGUGAUGCAGGUGCAGCCCUUGUGCAGUAGCUCGCCAGGGUUGCAGUUCCUGGUGAAGGUUAAAGGCCUUUUUCUGGCCAGAUGAAGCAGAGACUUCAUCUGCUGCUGAUAAUCUUUGCCACGAGCCUGGUGAUGCCUGCAGAGGGAAUGGUUUGAGCUGGUCUACAGAAGCUGUAAAGGCUUCCAUGGGCUGAUACUAGGGCAGAGGACUUGGGGGGGAUGACUUUAUGAUCUCUGGCAGCAUUUUGGUGCCGUUUUCCAAGAACAGGAAAGCUGGUUCUUUUGUGUCAGCCCUAAACCUGCACAGUGUGCUGAUGCCUCCCCCCACACCGCCGUACCACCACAGGGGUGUUUGAGCUGUGGCUCUGGCAUCUCCCUGACGGCCGAGGAGAUGAGAAGGAAGCCCGGUCCAAGGCUGGUGGCAGCCACAAAUGCUGAUGGGAGAUGUGGAGUGGGAAUGAAUUCUUGGAGUCCUGCUCAGGAUGGGCUUGAUCCUGCGCCCGUAGAGGGGUCGGUGGCCCUGGUGCAGUGAGGAGAGCGGCAACCUGUGUUCACCAGUGUGCGAACUGGUGAGCUGGGUGUUGUAGCAAGGACCGCUCGAGCGUGCAUGCCAGGGCUGACCCCGCUCGCUCCAGCACGACCUGAGCAGAGUUUGGGUGCUGAGGACCUUUGCAUUCCCUCACUGAGACAAUCCUGCCCGCAGGGUUGCUCGCUUCCCUGCGCACAACCAAAGCCAAGCGUGCCUUAGCCUCCGGGCCAGGGCCGCGCUCUGCUCGCUCGGGAUUGCUCAGAUGACUUUUUGUAUCUGUGAACUUUUUUGUAAUGACCACCCUUGUCUCUAUUCUUUUUGUACGACUUUUUGUUGGGGAAUUUUUCUUUGGAAUAAAUUUUUAAACCCA